CUCGUCACUACAGGCUUUCUACUCAUGCCACCAUAGCAGCUCAAACCCUUAUAUUCUCUGGACAGAUAGACCGGGGGAUUCAGGCCCAAUAUGAACCCCCCAAACAGCAAUCUUCGCGCCUUCAACCUCGCCGUACAAACCCUCCUAUCAACACCCUCCCAGUUCCUCCCACACCUCACAGUCCCAACAUUCACCCAUCUCCCCGAGGCAAUUGGGCCCUUACUGGAGGCUCAGUACCCGGCAGUAUCUUCCAAAGCGGGCCAGCAAAAUGAAAAAGGCCAACCCCCACCAAAGGGGAUAGCAAUCCGCGCCCUAAUCCUGGACAAGGACAACACACUAUGCCCCGCAAAGACGACAUCCUUCCCAUCGAAGAUCUACGCACAUCUACACUCACUCCGCAACUCACCAACAUCGCCUUUCAAUAUCUCAUCUGCGCCAAACUCUAUCCUCAUCGUGUCGAACCGCGCAGGCUCGCAUCCGCGCUACGAGCCCGAGGCGCUCGAGAUCGAAGAACGGCUUGCUGGCCUCAAGAUCCCUGUCUUUCGAUUACCGUCGGAGUCGAAAGAUGGGGUUGCUGUCGAGAAGAAGCCGUUCUGCGGGGCGGAGGUGCUGGACUGGUUCCGUGAGCGUGGGGUUGUGCAGCGCGCUGAUGAGAUUGCGGUUGUUGGGGAUCGGUUGGGGACUGAUGUGCUUAUGGCCAAGGAGAUGGGUGCGUGGAGUGUUUGGUGUCGCGACGGAGUCGGGGAGGAGGUGACCAAGGGCCAGAAGAAUGUGCUCGAGAAGAUGGAAAGUUGGAUCGAGCGGUAUUUGAGGGAGUCGAGGGGGUUGAAGGCCCCGGUGCCUGGGGGUUCCAAGUCGACAUAGUGAUUUGAAUUACUUGGUACUACGGAAGAGCGCAUGUUAUGAUACCCUUGUACGUUAUUAAAAGGAAAUGUGAGUGAAUCCUGUAAAUUAACACUGUACUAACCUCCACUCGCCGUAGGAGAAUAUUUCAGCUCCUGUAAAGCAAAUUAAACAAGCCAAUGCAGUAGAAAUGCAGAGAUCAGAAACUCAG